GGAAUCAGUUGCUCAGGGUAUUCGUCCGGCACCUCAGCUAGCGCGCUUCUCGUAGUGAAAUCUGACAGAUUUUAGAACACUGGGCAGCAGUAAGAAAUUCAAUUUUUCCUCAGGCUUCGGAGAAUGUGUCACACAUGUCGAGCCAAAACCAGUUCAUGCCUUUCUUUCGAGUAAAUUCGUUGAUUUGCGCUUCUUGUUGGUAGAGGGCCAUUACAUUCUGAGAGCACAAAGCUUGAGCCUUGGUAUGGGCGAGUCGAUUACCUCCAUGCGAAACUUUGAAUCGUACCGAAUUGAUAUGCAGAUGUCGCCUUACUUGCCCUACAGGAUGACUGGGUGACAUCAUUCGUGGAUCGGUUCUGGUUUUGUCUGGCAUUAUCCAGACUCCAGAUGUAUGUUGGUCUAGAUGAGGAAUCUGAAAUCGAGGAAGCUUUUGCGUAGGGAAGUCAGCUGGCCUUUGGGUCUAGAAAUUUGAAGUUUACGGAGGUUUAGGGCUUUAGGAUAGACAUUUCUUUGAGAGCAUCUCCAUGGUAGUGCAGGCAAUAAUAAGAGACAAUCAGGUGCCGACGUCAAUUGCGAAGCCCGGAGUUGGAGAAUUCACCAAAUUUCACAUCACGGAGGCGAUUGUUGGAGUCAAUUAUUCUAUUUAAGACUCUUCAGUGAGCUUAUCAACCUGUAAAGAUGAGUGUCGUGGAUAAGUUGCUCAUCAAGGGCAUUCGGAGCUUCAGCCCUGAGAAUACUCAUGUCAUCACCUUCUACAGACCUCUGACUUUGAUCGUGGGACCAAAUGGAGCCGGGAAAACUACAAUCAUUGAGUGCCUCAAGCAUGCAUGCACUGGGGAGAUGCCUCCAAAUUCCCGAUCAGGCCAUAGCUUCAUACACGAUCCGAAGGUCGCAGGCGAGACGGAGACGAAAGGUCAAAUAAAGCUUAGAUUCAAAACUGCAGCCCAAAAAGAUGUUGUCUGCAUUCGUUCAUUUCAACUUACUCAGAAAGGAGCGAAGAUGGAAUUCAAAGCAAUAGAAAGCGUUCUGCAGACUAUCGAUUCCAACACUGGCGAGAAGGUGAGCCUCAGUUACAGGUGUGCGGAUAUGGACAGAGAAGUUCCAGCUCUGAUGGGUGUUUCCAAAGCAGUUCUUGAAAACGUUAUUUUUGUGCAUCAAGAUGAUGCAAAUUGGCCGCUAGCUGAAGCCUCUGUUCUGAAGAAGAAGUUCGAUGAUAUUUUCUCUGCGACGAGGUACACGAAAGCACUUGAAGUAAUAAAAAAACUUUAUAAAGAACAAAAUCAGGAGAUCAAAAUGUAUAAGCUGAAAUUGGAAAACCUUCAGACUUUGAAAGAUGCAGCUUAUAAGCUCAGGGAUAGCAUAGAUCAAGACAAUCAAAAGGCAGCUCAUCUGAGGUCUCAAAUAAAUGAGUACGAGGGAAAGAUACGGGAAUCUCAGAAAAAAAGGGAGAUGGUAGAGUCCUGCCUUGACCAGAUAAGAGGUCUGCAAAAUCAGAUUCAAAUCAAAGAAGGGAAAAGAGAGACCUUGAUGAAACUGAAAGCUCAACAGUUUAAAGAUCUCGAGGAGGAAAAUGAAGAUACGGACGAAGAACUCGCAACUUGGCAGGCUCAGUUUCAAGAAAAAGUUGGUCUCCUUAAUUUGAAGAUCACAAGGCUGGAAAGAGAGUCAACUGAUAUUGACCGUAAUAUACAAUUCAUCGUGGACAACUUCAGUAAGGAUUGUCAAGUUAAGGGCAAACUGCAGGCGGAGCUUGAGGCGCACCAACUGCAAAAGAAUGAGAGAGACCAGAGUAUCCAGGCUCUCUUUACAAAGCACAAUCUCGGCCGUGUUGGAGCUCUACCUUUAAGCAAUGAGGUAGCCGUGAAGCACCUAGAAAGGGCUACAAAUCGUUUAGAUGAGCUAAGCAGAGACCAUGAACAGCAGAAGGAAGCAAACACUGUAGAGCUUGGAAAGCUUUGGGCAGCCGUUGAAACAGCUACUAUGAGAUACAGUCAAGCAGAAGGCCAGAUCAACGCCAAGCGUGAUCUCAAGGCUGGAAAGAUUGAGGAGAUGCAAAGACUGGACACUUUGAUAAAGAAAUCAGCUCUUUCUAUCUCAAAGAACGAUUUGAAACGCUUGGAUGAAAACGAGAAGUCCACGAUGAAGGAGAUGGAGAAGUGUUCCCUAUUGCUUUCUACAGGAGAUUUUGAUGCAAGAAUAUCUGCCAGUAAGAGUGAACUUGCCACUUUAGAUGAAAAACUGAAGUCCUUCCAGCGUGAAAAGGAUGGUCUGGCAAGCGAGUCCAUGGACAGAAUCUAUUUGCGAAGCAAGAAGGAAGAAUUGAGCAACAAAGAGAGUAGCCUAAGCCAAAUAAUGUCUGAACACCAAUCAAGAUUUAGCAAGGUAUUGAAGGGGCGAACUCCCAACUCAAAGAAUCUCAAGCAAGAGAUUGAUUUAGUUCUCAGUUCAAGCAAAGCCGUGGUAGCUGAUCUCAACAGAAAUUCAAUGGAAGCUGGAAGGGAGUUGGUAAAAGUGACGUCAAUGCUUCAGGAAGCCGUGAACAAUCUUUCAAAGCUUCAGCGUGAUAGAGAUGGAAAGAAAAGGAUGAUGGUAUCUAGACUUGCCUCCAUUCUCCAACAAGACGCAGACGUAGAUGCUUUUCCAGUCCAACUUGAAGAUGCGAAAAAGUCGAAGGACACAAAGAAGAGUCAUCAUGAUUUGGCAGAUGGAAUGCGGAGAAUGUUUGAGCCAUUCGAGAAUGUAGCUCGAUCCAAUCAUUGUUGUCCUUGUUGCGAACGCCCCUUCUCACCAGCAGAGGAGGAUGACUUUGUUAAAAAGCAAAGGGCUAAGAGCUCGAGCACAUCAGAUCGCAUACGAGAGCUUCAGUCUCAAGUCACUGUUGCCGAGACCAAGUACAGUCAGCUGGACAAGCUACGUGGGUACUAUGAUGAAUACCAGAAGUUGGUCAGAGAUGUCAUCCCGCAGGCCGAAAGGACCGUCGAAGAGUUAACAGAGGAGAAAGAAAGGGUUACUGAUCCUCAUGACGAUCUCUUAGGACUUUUAGCGCAAGCCAACUCGGAGUUAGAGGCUGUUGAAUGUCUUCGAGAAACAGUAGACACUGUCGAUCGGCUGCACAGUGAAAUUACUGAUCUUCGCCAGCUAGUAAGGGUUGAAGAGGAUAAGCUGGAUGCAAGGGCACACGCCCUCCGUACCAUCGACGAUGUCAACAAAGACCUACAAAAGCUAGAAGAAAAACGAGAUGAAACAAACAAGAUAUUGGACCGGUUGAGGGAAGAGCAAAGCCGAGCAAAGGACGAGUACCAACGGUGGAAUCUUCGAUAUCACAAUGCUAGAGAAGAGAAGUUGAAGGCAGUGCACAACGUGGAAACGUUAAACAAGCUGAAAGAUGAUCGAAGAAAAAUGGACGAACAACUGGAAAACAUAGAAAUGGAUAUCGAGAUGCUCCAAGACACCUUAGCUCCGCUGUCAAAAGAAAAGGAUAGAUUGGCACAAGAACACGAGGCAUUCAAAAAGAAAGUUGAUACCGAAGAUACAGAACGUUCUUGGGAGCUCAGGAAGUUCAAACAGGAAGUCAACAAUCUACAAUCAGUAUCAUCCCAGAUUCUUGCAUUUUUGGCAUCUGGAAAAGAGGCAAAGUUCAAGGAAGUCAACGAGAGGCUUGGCAGCUCUAAAUCACAACAGGAAAAGGAAGAGAAGAAGAAAGCAGAGGUAUUGGAAGAACUGAAAAGAAAUAAGGAGUACAUGGCAGAUCAUGGUUCCGUGAUGAGGAAUAUCGAUGACAACUUGAAAUAUCGCAAGACAGCAAAAGAAGUGCAAGAGCUCCAACAGGAGAUUGAAGGCUUGGAGGAGCAAAUCGUCGCUAUUGGUGAAGCAUCUGCAAUGGAAACAGAGUUAAGGAAAACUGCCGGAGUUAUCCAAAGUUUGUUGUCGCAGCAAAGCCGAAGUCAGGGUACUGUGUCUGCUUAUGAAAGCAAUGUUUCCAAAAAUAAGGCUGACCUGAAGCAAGUCCAGUACAAAGACAUUGACAAACGUUACUGUGCUCAGCUCGUUCAGUUAAAGACAACGGAGAUGGCCAACAAGGAUCUAGACAAAUACUAUAAAGCGGUUGACACAGCGGUAAUGCGCUUUCAUUCACUAAAGAUGGAGGAAAUCAACAAGAUCAUAAAGGAACUAUGGCAACAGACAUAUCGUGGUCAGGAUAUCGAUUACAUAGAGAUCCGAUCAGAUUCUGAAGGAGCUGGAACUCGUUCCUACAGCUACAGAGUAGUGAUGCGGACUGGAGAUGCAGAGCUAGAGAUGCGUGGACGUUGCAGUGCAGGCCAAAAGGUACUCGCGUCUUUAAUCAUCAGGUUAGCUCUAUCUGAAACUUUUUGUCUCAAUUGUGGAGUUCUCGCCCUGGACGAACCGACAACCAACCUAGAUGGUCCCAACGCCGAGAGUCUUGCAUCAGCACUCGUCAGGAUUAUGGAGGACAGAAGAGGUCAGGAAAAUUUUCAGCUGAUUGUUAUAACACACGAUGAAAGAUUCGCUCAACUGAUUGGGCAGAGACAACAUGCCGAGCGAUACUACAGAAUUUCCAAAGAUGAUCACCAACAUAGUAUAAUUGAAGCACAAAUGAUUUUCGACUAGGCGAGUAUGUCUCUACUUUGGGUAAUCUCAGAAGACCGGAAAAUACUAUAUCUUGACGGAUAUAUUUUUAUCAAGUGUUUACUGAAGGCUUGUAUCAUCGGUUUACAUCGUUCUGGUCGAAAGAGAAAUGCUACUCUGGCUGCAAGUGAAAACUAUUUUUCAGGGACAAUGAGCGGGGAUUUUUUUUUUGCUCUCCUCGUGUAUGUAGGCAAGAUGUACAAUCUUUCUGCAUGGUUAGCUGGAGAUCCAUUUUCGCAGAAUUAGUCUCAGGUAUUUAAGUCCAAGGUGCUGUCCAGCUCGUAUUGUAAACAUGCCAGGAAUGUACCAUUUUAGUAUGAAUCUUAAUUUGGAGGGUAAAAUCCAAGACUAUCGAGUGUCAUAUCUUGAUUCCUGUCUGGAAUCUUAUGUAUAAAGAAAGCUAGAUCAGUCUGUCAUGGCUAGGGAGGUAGUGCUUUGGUUCCACAAGUAGUUAGCAAAUUGAUGGCAACAACAAGAGAUGUCUUUACAAAGAAAUUGAAGCUAUGGAUACUGAUUUUGGACUUUGAAAGAUUCUAUUCUCGAGGUUUAGCUUUCAGUACUUUGAUGAGAGACUCUUAGUUCAAUGCAGACUAUCAAGAUCUUAACUCUUUUGAUGUUAUUAAAAUGUAAAUAAAAUUUGAAAU